UCGCGCGGUCGGGUUUGGAGGCGGCGGCGGCGGCGGUGUAGUCGCCGGCGGGCCGCGGCGCCAGGAUGAACGCCCCUCCGGCCUUCGAGUCGUUCCUGCUCUUCGAGGGCGAGAAGAAGAUCACCAUCAACAAGGACACCAAGGUCCCCAACGCGUGCUUGUUCACCAUCAACAAGGAGGACCACACGCUCGGGAACAUCAUUAAAUCGCAGCUGCUCAAGGACCCGCAGGUGCUGUUUGCUGGCUAUAAAGUCCCCCACCCCUUGGAGCACAAGAUCAUCAUCCGCGUGCAGACCACCCCUGACUACAGCCCGCAGGAGGCCUUCACCAACGCCAUCACCGACCUCAUCAGCGAGCUCUCGCUGCUGGAGGAGCGCUUCCGGGUGGCCAUCAAGGACAAGCAGGAGGGCAUCGAGUAGCGGCUGGAGGAGCUGCCUGGGACCGCGUGGACUGUGGGGACGGGCUGUCACUCUUGUAGGGGCUUGGGGUCGCAUCCCAGGAGCAGGGUGGGGCCUGCAUAGCUACCAAGCUGUCUACAAUGGAGGAAUUUAAUAAUAAAAAUACUCUUAAAAAGCCCCCGGGCGCAGUGACUUAG